AUGGAAGUAGCGGCGUCUUCUCCCCGAGACUUUCCGCCGCCUGCGGCUUCAAAUGCAGAAUCGGUACCAAGUGCGAAAAUCCGAGAGGGUGAUCAUGCAGAAUCCUCUUCUAAAUCAUUUGUUUCUGAUCAAAAGGAAAGUGGAAAUGGAAAUAAUGCGAUGAAAACGGAACUAAGUGCCCCAUUUCGGUCUGAAAUGCCCAAACAAGUUUCUGAAAGGGCACCAGCUGCUGCAGCAGCAGCAGAUUCUACCGGGCGAAAUGCUGCGGUAGAGGCUUCUUCAAAAGUUGCAGGAGCCUUCGGCGAAGCAAAGACAUCAGCGGCAGACGUAGCAGCAGAAGCAACAAAAGGAGCAAACACAGCAGGAACAGCAACACCAGCUGCAGCAGCAGCAGCAGCAGAGGAGCGAUCCAAAGCAGCAUCCGACGCACCCCCCAAAGCAGGAGAAGAAACAAAGACAGCAAAAGCCGCAGCUGGGACGAAACCGGUCCAGCACGCAGCAGCAGCAAACGCAGCAGAAGCAAGGGUACCAGCAGCAGCAGCAGCAACACCAGCAGCAGCAGCAGCAACGCCAGCAGCAGCAGCAGCAACGCCAGCAGCAGCAGCAGCAAGUUCAGCAUUAGAGCCUCAGCAGAAGCGGCGGAGGAGAGGCUCUAGAGUUAUCCCAGUGGUGCGCCGAUGUCUGCCUACGCGCGACAGUCGGGUUGCUGCUACACUGCAGAACCAAUUUGUCUUGGAGUGCGAGCGGUACGGUUGGGUAGAGGCCUCCUCUAGCAGCAGCAGCAGCAGCAGCAGCAGCAGCAGCAGCAGCGGCCGCAAGAGCGGCAAGGAAGCUGCUGCUGCGGGUCCUUCUGCUGCAGCUGGUGUUAAUGCUGCUGCUGCUGCUGCUGCUG